AUGGAGCACGGUGGCAAGAUAGUCGUAGAGAACGUCGGCAACGGCGACAAGAGCCGCAGACACUGUACACGGGUGCUGGUCGAUGGCAACAACGACGACAGCGACGGUGCAAAUCAGUUGCUGGGAGCCACAAUCAAUAAUCACGGCCAAAUAGGACUGCCACUACUAGUCCCUCAUCAAGUCUUGCCGCUAGUGGGAACACCGUCUAUUGAACAAAUCGUCCAGGUCUUGUCGUCUCGGUACCUUGAAGCGGCCGUCCGUUCUCUCGUAACCAUCCAAGAUGACCGCCAACUUUCCUCUUAUCAGCGCUCAGUCACCUCAGGGGGCCACAAGGGGACCAACAGAUCCCUACAAGAAUCUUUGUUCUACGUAGAAGAACGCGUCGAAAUCACAAAAGUGAGGUCGCUGCGAUUCGCCUCGAUAUCAGCUGCUCUUGCUUCCAUUAUGUGCUUCCGAACGAUGGCGAUUUCUCCACCAUAA